ACGGGAAAAUAAGACUGAAAGUGCCACAGGCUAUGUAAAAAAGGGACGUUGGAGACAUUUUCUUUCAUCGUUGCCCCCAUUUUGUGUGGACCAGCGGCCGGGACCCACAGAGGGGAGGAGCCACAGCUUGCCCGGAGCUCGGAGAAAUCGAAGGAGGGAGAGAAAUUCAGGAAAAACCUUCCACGGAAGAGAAAAAAGUACAAUCUGAAGAAGAGGAUGCAAACACUUUGGAUUGACAACGCUGAGAGAAAAGAAAAGAUCAACAAGGUUGUUUUGCAACUUCACCAGACGGCAGAAUUCAGUGAAAGGAAUCCGAGCCACCAUCUAAUCCGCUUCGGAAAAGACAAUCCAUAGCCCGAGGUUAAAAAUACAUCAGCAGAAGGAGCCACCAAACAAAACAUUUCCAUUGGCAUCCGUUUUGGACCACGUGACCCGUCUGGGGCCCGCUGCCAUGUCUGCGACUGCCCAGUCUGGGAACCGACUCAGCCAACAAGCUCCGGCCAGGACCUCGACGCUUUCACUUACAGAAUCAACGUGGUGACGUUGGACGCGCACGGACCCAAGUCAGUUCCACUCCUGGAGGCCAGAUGGGAACGGCGUCCUAUCACGAAAGGCCGAGAUAAAACCCCGAGUAGCUCCGACACUUCCACUUCCAGGCUGGCGUGGACGGCGAGAUAACACGGCAUAUGCAAGCCGUGGCCUGCGUCUUCCGCGACAACACGCUACUCGCCACGCUUAUCAGCAGCUGAAAAUGAGCGCUUCUCUUGGCUUGCUGUUGCGCUAUGUGGAGUUGAGGAUCCCCGCAGAGGAGCGUCAACGCUCGGGAGAGGAUUUUGGAGAGCAUCCACAGGGAUUGCUUCCUCAUGGCCUCCUCUUCCGACGCCGCUUUCAACUCCAGCAACAUCAGAGGGACGCCAGCCGCUUUCAUCUACUACAUGUCAACAAUGUAACGUCCUUCCUAUAAACCCUUCAUUCCUCUUUGAAAGAAAACAUCCCACAACCUCCAACGCAACCGGCGCCUGCUUGAUAGAUCCUCUUUUGGCUGCCAAACGCUUCCCAUACACCCCGAAGCGCACCCCCAAAGCGGACCGGAGUGUGCCAGAGAUUUUGCGGUCGGCGUCGAAGCGCACACGCACGCUCACAGAUGUUGGCGGCGACUAAUGCCCAGCGUGGCCGACUGCCAGAAACGAUACUGAGAAUAGCAACAGUGCGCCAAAAAAAAAAAAAGCUUACCCGGCAUGCCUCGCUCCAGAUCUCCCGACACACGGCGCUGGUGUGUUCCUCUGCCCGGACCGCCUCUGAGUUCUGGUAAACAAGGCGGUAGUCACGUCGCAGCGGGACCUCCUUACCCCGCUGAGAGCCUCCAAAACGUCGGGACCCCCCACCUUCACACGCUCUCCUGCUCUCCCCUGGCUUUUAACCCUCCCGCCGCCUCGGACCAGCGCUGACAGCAGAUGUAAACAUCAAGGUGUGGAAAGAGCUUCUUCCGUCCUCCUUCCUCUCAUCACUCGGGCAAACUACCCAUCCAUUUUUGUCUAACGGCGCUUCUCUUCCGUCACUGGGGCACGCUGAUCAGCUUGAUUGAUUAAUCCUCAUCGGACUACGAUAACCAUAUUCCCCGUCGUUAUUGCGAGGUGAUACAUUUAUACUGGCAAAAGUACCCAGCUGCUGUCAUUUGGUCCCUAACACAAAAAUUAAACAUAAAUUGGAUUGUAGGUUUUUAUGGUCCAUUUGGAAAAACUUUACAGCUCUCAUAAAGAACCGGGGAGCUUCAAGGACAACUUCUUUCAGACGGUGGCGCUGGCUUUAUAGCGACCCCUGCUGUCGGGAUGUGUCACUGGCGCCCAAUAAGAAUACUGAACCGGAUGGCACGCGUCAUGCGCAUGCGUCUCACUACCACAAGAGGGCGCGGAUUUACAGCGGCUAUAAUUAUGAUCGGCAAUGCGGUCGUAAUAAUGUGCUAGUUCUACGAAUGUUCAUAAAGGUUUUUUUUCUAAAUCCUCUUGCUUACUCGUGAGCUUGUCAACGUGUACUUAAUGACGUUUUUUUAGCAGCACUAUUUUGUAACACCAUAGCAUCAAAGUAUUUUAUUUUAUUUUUUAUUAAGGGGUUGAUCUUUUUCAUUUUCAAGGCCAUUUAGUUAAAUCCGGCUACUUUAAAGUCGAAUCAAAAAUAUUGCCUGCGCUGCAACAGUAGAGUACAGUAGGGAUGAUGCAACCAGUGGCGUCGCACUCCAAAAUAGCAACGUAAGCAACAGCGCCGCCCUCUGCAGCGCAACCGGUCCCACGUCACGCCAUCUCAGGAAAUUCAAACAGUCCCCCCCCCCCACGCACACGCGCACACAGCGGAUGUCCUAGCUCCGAGCAGCGGCAUCUGUCUCCUCCAAGGUCAACGGAGCCUGCAGCCGCCCCUCGCCCUCCCAAUCCGCGGACGCGCACAGACGCGACUUUAUUCUCCUUCAAGUGACGAGCCAGCGUCGGUCCAGCGAUGCCGCCGCCAGUCGCGGGCCCCGCCGCCGUCCCCCCGCCGGACGGCGGUUGGGGCUGGGCCGUGGUGUUGGCGUCCUUCAUCUCCAUCGGCUUCUCCUACGCCUUCCCCAAAGCCAUCACCGUCUUCUUCAAGGACAUCCAGAUCAUCUUCGACGCCUCCUACAGUGAAAUCGCCUGGAUCUCCUCCAUCAUGCUCGCCGUCAUGUACGCCGCAGGUCCCAUCAGCAGCGUGCUGGUGAACACUUACGGCUGCAGGCCCAUCGUCAUGAUGGGCGGCUGCCUGUGCGCCGUGGGCAUGACCCUGGCGUCCUUCUGCACCAGCGUGCUGCAGCUUUACCUCUGCAUCGGCGUUAUUGGCGGACUCGGGUUGGCGUUUAACCUGCAGCCGGCUCUGACCAUGAUCGGGAAGUACUUCUAUAAGAAGCGGCCCAUCGCCAACGGGCUGGCCAUGGCCGGCAGCCCCGUGUUCCUCAGCUCCUUGGCCCCGCUCAACCAGUACUUGUUCAACAACUUUGGCUGGAGGGGGAGCUUCCUCAUCCUGGCCGGGUUGCUGCUCAACUGCUGCGUGGCCGGCUCGCUCAUGAGGCCCCUGGGCCCGCCUCCCGCCAAGCCGAAGAAGGAGCAGGUGGCGAGCGCCAAGGUGAAGCUCACGCCGUGGCAAAUACUCAACAAGUACCUGGAUUUGUCGCUCUUCAAACAUCGGGGCUUCCUCAUCUACCUGUCGGGGAACGUCAUCAUGUUUGUGGGUUUCUUCGCUCCCAUCGUGUUCCUCACCGCCUACGCCAAAGAUAUGGGCGUGGACGAGUACUCGGCCGCCUUCCUCCUCUCCAUCCUGGCCAUCGUGGACAUGGUCGCCAGACCCUCCAUGGGCCUGCUGGCCAACUCCCGCUGGAUCCGGCCCAAUAUUCAAUAUUUCUUCAGCUUUGCCGUGCUCUACAACGGCGUGUGCCACAUCCUCUGCCCGCUGGCCAGCUCCUACACCGGCCUCGUGAUCUACGCCAUCUUCUUCGGUUUUGCCUUCGGUAUGGUCAGCUCGGUGCUGUUCGAGAGUCUCAUGGAUCUGGUCGGGCCGCCCAGGUUCUCCAGCGCCGUGGGACUCACCACCAUUGUGGAAUGCUGCCCGGUCCUCAUCGGGCCACCGAUAGCAGGGAAACUGGUCGACGUCACCAAGAAUUACAAAUCCAUGUAUUUCUGCUGCGGCGUCAUCGUGAUCGUAGCGAGCGUUUGGCUCUUCAUCGGCAACUUCAUCAACUACAGACUUCUGGCGCGCGAGCGCAAACUUGAGCAGUACAAGCCAGCCGGGUCGGAGGAUCCCGACGAGGCCCAGAAGCAGGCAGAAGUGGACGACCCGGCCAAGCUCGAUGAGGAGAAAGGCAGAGAGCCCAUGCAGCGGGAAACCAACAUGUAAGAGCUUUUUCUCCAAGUUUCCCUCAGAUCAAGCCGAGAGAGUGCCUCGCGGUGUUCCACCUGGCUCUUUUCCGGGUCCCCUUGCAACUCAAAACUGCCAAAGGAUCAAGCGUACAGAACAAUGUGUAAAAUCUCACAAGUUGGACCUUUUAACGUCUUCCGAUUGAAUCUAAAUAAUGCACUUUGGGCCGACACAGAACCAGAUUUUCAAAGGUCCAGCAUUCGGUAUUAAGCAGUGUUGCAAACAGCCGCCGUCUGUCCCUGAAUAUAUCUUGAAGGCAAAGGCGUGGACGUAUAACAGCUCCGACUGGUUGUCCGAGCCAAUGUCCUCCUUUAUGCAGUAUGUCGCCGAGCAGGAAAUAAAAUGCAAGCUCCUCGUUGUAUAAUAUGACUUGCACUCGUAACGUUUUGCUCUGACGCCCUCUAGAGAAGGAGGCUGCAAUUAUUCCUUUAAUUCAUGCGAAAUUGAAUGUACACUCCUUUCGAGGGCCUUUAAUAAUAAGGCAAUAAUGACCAAAGCCAUCUGCGUGACACUGAACAAUAGACACUGAAUGGACACUCCAUUAGGGACACCCGAGAGCUCCAAUAAAAUAAUGCGGUUUUUUUUGUUUUUUUUUUAAGAUGCAAUAUUUGGCCCUAAAUAAGUGGUUUGAAUAGAAAUAUAGAAUGAUUUUAUUGAAAAUGAAUAUGAAAUUAAGAUAUUCUACCGGUGGAAGCUGGAAAGAAUGGAAUUUUAUUGUUACUGAAGUGAUCAACGCUUAGACCUGAAAUUCAUUCCUUACUGUCCACUGAUUAACAUUUUAAAUGCCUUCCACAAAAAUAAUGAAAGUUGACCACUGUGUCGACAUAUCAAUGGCGGAACAAAGCCAGCUGAAGAAUAGAAAUCGAUAUUUUGCAGCUUUUAAGUGUUACACAGUAUUUUCAUACUUUGGCCACUCUCACUGUGCUUUGUAUGACUUUGAAUGUUUUCUCGUCGAUUCAAAGAAAAUCACUAUGCAAACCUUUUUUUUUCAUGCAGAUUUUUAAAGCAAAUAAGCUGUACAAUCAUGUUUGCUUUGCAACACUGCCCCCUGCUGGUACAUCAGGUUAUUCGGAUUAUUGCUUUCUAUUGUGAGAAUUCUUGAUGCUGUGACGCGCUUGAAAAGCUGCUGGGGAAGGAGACGUGACGAGACGUUCUCUUAUUCCAUGUUAAACAGAGAACAAAUAUUUCUUUGUAUUUGAGCUCGCGUAUUUAUUUUCUGAAGAACGAUAUAUUAACUAGAAACAAAACAACUGUUUUUUGUUACUUUUUUUGGUUUGGGUUGAAUUUGCAGGAUUUAAAAAAAAAAAUGGAGGAUGACUGAACAAAUUUGCUGCUGGGAGGAUCUCAAUUUACUCUGGUGCCUUAUUUUAUUACGAACAUGCACUUGGGUUGUUUCAAUUUCCGGGCAUCAGUGUGUAUUUUGGAUUUGACUUUUUCGAGUCCUAAGUGUGAAUAGCUGAGACUGAAGCUUUGCAGAUUGUCCUCAUAAUGUGCAACCUGUAGCAGACAAAUUUUCUUCACCCUCCUUGUGUCAUUUUCUGUUUGCCAUCCAAAUACUUUAUUCAGAUUGUAUUGUUCCACUACCUCUGCAAAUGUCCAUUCAUGCUAAGCUAAGGACAAAUAUAGAGCACGGGUGUAGAUACCAGCAAACGUUUUUUUCGAAGUGGGGGUAAUCCCUUAUCAAUAAAGUAUUUAUCAAGUCAAAAAA